UUGGAAGGGUAUUGGAAAUCAGAUUACAUUUAAUUUUCAUGUAAUUAAAACCAAACAGCCCAAGAAGUGUAGGUGCAAUGGAACCAUCGAGUCGCCCGAUGAAACAGCCGUUGAGUUUCACCUGAAAUAUAUAAGUAAGGCAACAACAACAACAACAACACCAACAGCAACAACCACAACAACAUUGACAACCACGCAGCGUUGUCAAGGUAACACCGGCCCAAGCAAUUGACAGUUUCAGGUACCAAAACAAAAAAAGGAAAACGCGCACACAGCAGUAAAUGGAAAAGCAGCUCAAAGACAGGCCGCGAACAGAACGAAAGAAAAAGGACACCAGCAAGGACGAGGACGAGAGCACCUGUAAGGAGUCGGGAAAUUGUUCACGGAGCCACAGCGAACAGCAAGUGGAAUCUGUGAUUCAACGGAAACCAGCGCGCGGAAGUGCGCAAAAACAGGAAUUCACUGAAAAAUCAUUAAACAAAGGGCACCCAACCACGCCCAAUAACAACGCAGCGCAACACAGCAACAACAACCAAAGGGAGGGAACAGGACACAGCACAUCAGCACUUGAAAGACACCAUGAAUUACUACGAUGAGGAGAUCACAAUCAGUGGCCCGGACAGCAAGCAUCUGAGCAGUGUGCAAAUGGACAGGUCAUCGAGGUCUGAUGCGGCUGCCAGAGGCCAGACUGGAGCAACUGCAGCAGCAGUACACUCUACAGGCGGACAACGGGCGGCCAGGCAACGCAAUUUGCAGCUGCAGGGUAACUCGGCGGAUGACGAUGGCCUCCUCCAGGAUAUUAUCGAUCACGAUGACGAGGCCGAUGACAGCGACGACGAUGACGAUGACAGCGAGCUGCAAAUGGCUGGCAGUGGACUGGGCAUGGCGUCAACUGCGCCACGUCCGCAGACACGUCCUGGCAGCACACGCAAUGCAAAGCAGCCGCAGAUCGCCGAUGACCAGCUGAGCUUUGGCAGCUCGGACGAGGCAGCUGGCGGAGAGCAUGCGAGUGGCAUGAAGUUGGCACAUCAGAAGCUACCGAUGCCAGCGCAGCAGCGACGCAGUGCUGGGCAGGCACAGGAGAUGAACACGUUCAAUUUGACGCCCGACAAGUGGGAGCAGCUGCCACUGCAGCCGGAACUCAAAGAGAUCUUUCCCUACAUACUCAAGUAUACGCCACAAACGAUUGAGACGCCCUAUCAUCUGCAGCCCUUCAUCCCGGAGUUUGUGCCCGCCGUGGGCGAUGUGGAUGCCAUGCUGAAGGUACAGGCACCAGCUCUGUUGCAACCGCAACGUCAACGCGAGCUGGAUGAGCAGUUGCAGCGAUUGGGUCUAAUGCUGCUUGAUGAGCCGUCGGGCACACAAAGCGAACCCAGUUUGCUCAACAUGAAGUUGCGCUCCGUGCUGAGCGGCAGUCGUGGCACAAAGCCGCGUCAUGGUGGCGCCUACUCGGCAACGAUGGUGCCCACAGCCCGAUCUGCCAAGGAUAUUGAACGCUGGAUUGGUGAAGUGGAACAGGUGCACAUGACGCAAUCCAUGUACGAUGCACAGCCGCGUAAGGAUAUCGAUGCGUUGCUCGAGCAUUGGCCACACUCGUAUGCCGAGCCAGCGACCAAGGAUGCUCUCGACCAGGCCUAUCACUCCUGUCUGCAGCAGCAAAUCUCACUGGGCGAUUAUGUGCGCGUGCUUUGUGAACGCUUUGGCGUCGAGGGGCCGCUGGAGACGCAAUCGGAUUACAUACACAACGUUCAGACGCUGUUUGCCCUCUACCUGGCCGCGAGUCAGGCCUGGGAAUAGACAGAGAGGGGAAGAGAGAGAGAGAGAGAGUUGGGUGAGGUGACUGCACUAAUAACGCUAAUGGCUUCGAUUAAGUGACAGCCAGACGCCGUUUGUUUGCCUUUGUGUCGGGAUGCCCCUUUGGCUGGCCAUUAAAUCGUUUGCAAAACCGUUAGUCUCCAUAACUUGCACGUUUGAUUCGUUUUGCGGGUGAACAAGAGGGAAGCUUCAGUUUGGUGAACGGUGAAUAGGGGGGGUAGGGGGUUCAUCUGGUGUCUGUUGGUCUGCUGCUUUCUGUAGUGCGAAUUCAUUUUGAAGGCGCUGUGAAUGCAACUGCGCUGGCGACAACUUGCGAAAUUGCCGCCGUUGUCCGCUUUGUCUGCCAUGCCGCAUCAGCAGCUUCCAGCGACAAAAAUGAAAUUUGGUUCACCAUUUUUUUAUGCAUCGCAACCGUUUCCCGAAUGGGGUAUAUUUGUAACAGCUUGCAUAGUACACAAAGUGCAGCAUACUUUUAGGCUGCAUUUGUAACUAGCAAGCAGUUCCCAACACUGCUUGCACUGCUUUCUGGCUGUAAUUUCAAUUAGUCACCUAAACAGGAUAUAUUUCAGUCGUUCAUUUGAGAAUGCGGCUGUUUCACUGGCAUUUUUGUUGUUCCAGUGCCGCACUCAAGUGCCAAAAGGCAACAAUGCAGUGCAUUUGGACGCCAAGGCACGGAUGUUGCAUUGAAAAUGAAAUGAAAAACUCUGCUGAAAAGUUGACUGAAAUGCAACAGAGUGGCAAAUAAGAACAACAAGCAACUGCAAUUGUCGCCGCAUCACCAGCAGAAAAAGUGUCUCGCAUAAAAGCGAAAAAACGAAAGAAACAAAAGCCGCCAGCACAAUUCCCAUAGCAUACUUAUUGGGGCAAACCAAAAGCACGCACGUAUAUUAAGUAGAAUAUCUGUACAGCAAGAGCAAGAGCAAGAAAACAGAGGGGCUGAAUCUCAGACCAUAGUAGUUAAACCAAUCAUGCACUUGACCAAACCGCCAGCAACAACAAAUGCCUAAUUAGAGCCGCUUAAGACAACAUUGACCUGACCAAAGCCAGCGACAUCAACAUCGAUGCCUGUCUGUCGUCGCUGCUGCUGCUGCACUUGCAGUUGACGACCUUAAUUAUGCGUAAACCGGUUAAGACCCAUUAAUGCCAUUUUCGAUGCGCCUACGCCUGCUGCAGACACCACUGACUCUCUCGGCCAGCGUCCUGUGGGCGACUGUCUGGCCAACUGUCAAUCAAAGUCCGCCGCCAUCAUAUGCAAAAUGCAUUAUGCGCCGUAAAUUUUGCACCGCCUUCUGCUCUGUGUGCAGUUGCAAGUUACAUGUGAUUGACGUUGCCAGCGAGAGUCAUUAACAACCGUGCGAAGGCCAUUAGUGGUAUUUUCUGCAAGAUUAACUCCUUCCCGCAAUUAAAGACCACUUUUGCAGUACUUAAAUAAUGUUCAGCUACA